AUUGGCAGUACGAACUCUUCAAGCAUCAAAACGACAUCAGUCGCAUCAACGCCUAAUACAAGCACGUCCUCAUCACCUUUGUCCUCAUAUGGAGCAACAGGAUCUGGGAUAGUGAACUGGCCAGCAAAUGCAGCAUGUGUACACGAUCAUCAUAAAUUUCUCGAAUCAGCAAUUGUCAAAGCAAUUCGGGAAUGCGCCUCUGAAUGGAAAAAGCAACUGGAGUGCUCGUCUCAAAUGCAGCACCACUAUCGCGUAGCAGCACCAACCGCAGGACUCGACUCAACAUGCGAACAAGCCAGGAAUUUAGUGGUUGCUAUUGACCGUUUCAUGUCAAGCGGGUGUGUUUCAUGUUUGCGAGGUGAACGCUUAUACUGGCGUUUUACGAAGGAAUUCAUGACCAAGAAUGAAUGCGAAUGCUUGAAAGAGGAAUGGCGUCCACGUAGUGAACGCGAAUUCGGUGUAGCUUGGAUACAGGAUUGUUUGAAUAAACAAUGCAUGUGUUCGGUUUUUGAGUCGUUUGUGCUGAAUUGGAAAAUUGUACUGAAGCAUUACAGUCGUAAUGCGGCGAUUGCGAAUCGAGUGUUGGCAAAGAGAUUAGCGAAGAACUUUUUGGAACUAUGUGAUGUGCGAUUCUUUUUUUCGGCAUCGGUCGGUGCUGCUGGUGGUGGUUUAAGCACAAGAAAUGCUGCUGCUGCUGAUGUACCAGUAGCUGAAAUACGUUCAGCGGACAUUUUUUCAAGCGAUGGAUCAUCGACAACGGCACGAAUGGUGCAUCAUCAGAAACGACUGUCAUCGGAACAAAGUCAGACUUUGAUCAAAUCGCAUUCCGGUUUAGCGUCAUCAUCAUCAUCCUCAUCAACCACUAUGCGUCAACAUUCAAAAUCUGCUUCACAAGAACAGUCAACAGCUUUUGCAGCGAAUGGAGUUGGAGUUGGAGCAGCUACAGUUCGAGCUUCUUCACCGCUAUCAUCGUCACCAUCAGCAAAUGUUACCCGAGGCGCUCGACUAUCCUCAACACGUAGACGUCGUUCAGCAACCUGCUAUAAUACUACAACCCCGUCAUCAGCCAAUCAAACUUCAACUGCAACCAAUUUAGAUAUUCCAUUAUCACCUGAUUUUAUUGAAACAACACCCUUAAUGAGUAGUUCACCGUUCAUUUCGUCUGCUAAAGAUUAUGAUUACGUAUUCGAUCAAAUAUUGCAUCGUGGCGAACGGGGCCUGGUGCCAUGUGGCUCAUUACCGCUUUUGUCCAACAACUACAGCCAUCAUGCGACACUAAACUCAACGUCGGCUCUUCCUCAAACGACCGCUUCAACGACAACUCUAAGCAGCAUGCCAUCAAAAACAACAGCACCUAACGGCAAUAUCGCCAACCAACAACCUAAUGAUAUUCUGUCGCCGUCUAAUCUUCAGAUAACUUCAUCUGCCUCAACUUUAGUGCCGUUCUAUUCGUUUGCAAAUGAUCAGCAUCCGAAUACUUUUAGCGGUCAUCCUUCGAGCAAUGUUUCUCUAAAUAGUGCGCCAAUCUUAAAUCCACCAGGACAGCCUGUAUCAUCUUUGUCGUCGUCGUCAUCGAGCGUGCUCCAUCAUCAGAAUCAACAGCAGAAUACUAGUGCUUUACAACAUUCUGCUCAUCUCGAUCAGCGUCACACAACAGAGAUCAGAGGUGAUGUGAAUGUCAAACGAGAGAUGCCAGCAGGCGUACGCCAAUCCGUAUCGUCGAGCAAUCCGUUUGAUGUUGCCCUACAGAAUAGUUUAUCGAAGGCGAAACUGAUGGCAGCAGCUCGAGAAUGCGAAACGAAGUUAUUUGAAGAGCACCAACAAGAGCCGUUAUCCAGCAAACAACACUCAGCACACACCUCAACAUCACCUCAUGAAUUUCCACCAUUUGGUGAAAUAAAACUCGAUAUGGGCGAAGUGGUCGGUUUGAAUAUCAAAGUGUUCAGAGCUGAAAUCGAGAAAUUUCUCAAGUUCUACCAAGUUUACGUUCAUUUCGCCACCGGUCAACCGGAUCAUCGCUUCUUUGUACUUUCCGAUCGAGCCAUCUAUCUGCUUUCGUUACAGUGUAAUUUAGUAUCUGCCAGAAAAACAUAUAUCACAUGUGCAUAUUUAUCACUAACUGAUAUUGAUUUUAUUGCGGUGGGUGUUGAUUAUGAAGUGCUCUAUUUGCACAUUCGAAAAGACGCAUUCAUGGAGGAUGGUGAUGGUGUGAAAUUAGAUGGACGUGUAAUGGAAGUGUGUACAGCAUGCAGACAACUUGGCAUGGCCAUGGUUGAAGCGAUUCGUAUGGCGUUCAAUAAACAGAUGCAACAGCAACACUAUUUGAGGUUGAUGAAUGAGUUGCAGUUGGAUGGUGAACAGGAAACUUCACCACUUCAGUUGGCUGUUUAUACGGAUCGUACUCCGCAACGCGCAAUUGCUAUUAAAUUCAUCGCAAAACAACUGAAUUUGGAGGAACCGAAGCUGGAGUGUUACUGUUUGGCGUUAUGGCGACAAACGCGCAUCGAUUCAUCGAAUAGGUUGAUGAUGGGUGCUGAGAACGUGGCACAACGUAGUGGAUUCUUAUACCAUAAGAUGAUUAAGUCGAACGCAUGGCUGCCAUCGCAUUAUUCAACGAAUGAUUUUCGUCAGAGUUUCUUUGUGUUGAAUGGCAAAAAACUUUAUCAGUUCGAGGAUUCGACGUGUAAAGUUGGUGAACGAGUGAUUGCUAUACAGGAAAUGGUAUCGAACGUUUUGGAAUUGAAAGGGUGUGAACAAUCACCGCACAUGUUUCAAAUUGAAUUCACGAAUGGUGAUAAAUAUGAACUGAUCUGUGCGAGUGCAGAUGACCUCCGUAAAUGGGUGUCACUUCUCAACUUUGCAUUAUCCACUACGGAUAUGGACGAUGAAGCAGUGGCGUGCAUAGCAAUGAUAAGUGCAGAUUCAAUAUUGUUAGUACAAGAGGGUUUGAAUUUCGUUGUUGAUGGCUUUAUGCGUCUUCUGACACGAAUUAGACUUGGCAAUAUUCAUUCGGUGAUUGGUGUGUUGGCGAAUGAACGUUACGCAUGUGUGAUCAGGAAUGAGAACGAGAAGAUUCUUGAAUGGAUCUUGCUGAGAUCACCCGAUGAAGUGGAUCGUUUCUCAGCAACUCUUCAGCGACUUGGGGUGAACCGUGCAAGCAACGAAGAGGAUGGCUGUUCACGAUUGACGGCGUUGUUGAAUUCGAUGCCGUCUUCCUCAGAUCUCUUCUAUUUCUCAGAUGCACAUUCAGAUGAUGCUUUCGAACUGUGA